CCCAGCAGCACUUCUGUAAAGUCGAGGGUCGAGCUGCGCGAUCUGCACCUCUGUUGCAGCAGUUAUGCACAGCUCCUGUCGGUUAGGAGUCGCGUUAAACACAGCAGAACCCGCCCCAGGCUCCGAACUGCGUCCCAACCGGCUGGUGUUGUAUUUGCUGUUAUUGGUGAACACGAAGCGGGAGGCUGGCCGCUGCCGUCUUCUCGCUUGCUUAAAAUGAAACGAUAUGGCUGUGGCUAUGACUCAAGCAACAUACGCGGUUCGGCGUGCGACUCCUGGAAACCAUAAGCAGUUUUGAGCGCGAGGGGGGGAAAAAUAAUCUGAAUGAAAGACGCAAGAUGACCUCAGCUCUCGUUGUAUGGAUUGGCUUUCUGGCAUCAUAAGCAGUGGGGUUGGGUGGCCAUGGACCCAUUCAGCCAGCUUAUCCUCAUCAUCUCGGUGACCAGCUUCCUCACCUUCCAGUGGCUGUUCCACAGAGUCAGCCCCUGGAUGUCCAUGCGGAUCAGCCCCGACUUCUUGGGCCUCACUGACAAGCAGAAGGUGGAGUGGAACUCAAGGACUGUGUCAACGUUCCAUGCACUGUUGGUGGGAAUCUUCUGUCUCUGCAUCUUGUUCUUUGAUGAUGCCGUCAACGAAGAUCCAGUCUGGGGGGAUCCUACACUGGUGAAGACUAAUGUUGCAAUCACAACAGGCUACCUCAUAUCAGAUCUGCUGCUUAUAUUUUACUAUUGGAAGGCGAUAGGAGACAAGUUUUUUGUAGUUCACCAUCUGGCAGCACUGUAUGCUUACUACUAUGUACUGGGCGAAGGAAUGUUGCCUUAUUUUGCUAACUUCCGUCUGCUUGCUGAGUUUUCCACACCAUGUGUGAACCAGCGUUGGUUCUUUGAAGUACUAGGAUAUCCCAAGUCGUCCCGGCCCAAUAUGGCAAACGGCGUCGCCAUGGCGGUUGUCUUUUUCGUGGUCCGCAUCGCCGUCAUGCCGGUCUACUACAGUCGCAUGUACGCGGUGUACGGCACCGAGGCCUUCUACCUGGUGCCCUGGGGGGGGCGCAUGGCCUGGAUCUGCUCCAGCAUCUGUUUGGACAUCAUGAACAUCAUGUGGAUGCAUAAAAUUGCACGCGGCUGCUAUAAGGUGCUGCGAUCCGCGCGCCAGAGCAAAGCUGCAGCACCUCAGGAGAACGGGAAGACGGACUAACAGAACCAGGAUGUCAGCGGAGUGAAAACACCGCAACAAAAGAGACAACUCUCUCGAUGCACUGCCAGUAGCGGUUUGGACCCUCAGGUUGAUACCGUGGCAGCAGAGCAGGACUUAACCCUGCAGGACCGAAUGUAAUGAGUUUUUUUCUUCUUCUUUUCUCAAAGGGGGGGAGGGGGAAAGCAGAGAGCCUCCUAGAAGUUUAAAUGGACCAAUGAAAUGGUCGUACCUAAGCCAUGAUUAAGACUUUCAAGCAAUACUUUAUGUGCAUGGCCAAUUUAUUUCUCAUGAACAGUACUGAACAGCUCCUCCCUGAACAAAAAAAGGACUGUUUUGUUUCUGUUUUGUUUUAAUACUGCUGUUCGAGCAGCACACAGAAGACGAGGAAACGUGAGUUAACGUUCAUGAAUAAGCCAGGAUUUGAGGUGGUUGGGUUGCUCAACAAUGACGGUCAGUCCUAUAGGUUCGUUGCAGGAUGCCCGUCGAAGAAGAUUAAGACACAAACUCUCUUCUUGAGAGAGGGGUAGAAACGCAUUUUAUCUCUCCUCUUGGUUACCUUCACAGGGGUAUUACAACUUAAAGCUUAGUUGGAAGGGCAUUUGUUGGUAGUUUAUUGGUUUUGUCUUGCUGGUGUCAGGGCAGAUUAGUUUUAUAAAACCUAUAAUCUUGACUGCUAUGUGAUAGAACAAAAAAAAUAUUUGUAAAGCACUUUUUGUAAAGCUUAAAGGGAAACCUAAAGCGGACGGUUUUGCGAGUGAAGGUUAGAAAAUCGAAAAUUCUGAGGUCACACUGAUCUGUUUAGCCAAAUGAUGCAUGAAAUCCACCUGAUAUUACUCAAAAUGAAAGGGAGAGUAUUGCACUGCUUAAAUAAACGUUUUUAAAACUUCUUUUUGGCACUUUUUUUGCAUUCUGUUCAUCACUUUAAGAAAUACUUAUAUAAUUGUGAGACUGAUCGAAUACAGAGCUGGUAUGGAAUUGGUUUGGAUGAUUUUAAAAAUCAAGAUAUUAUGAUAAAGAGUAUAUUAUUAGUUUGUUUUUUUUACAUGAUGAUAUUUUAAAAUUCAGGUUAAAAAAACUCAACAAAUGAUUUGAUCAUUUGUUACACCAUUUUAUUUGUAUGUAAUAAGGAAGUUUGUAAUCUGUUUCAUACAGGAGAAGCUUUAAAAUGUGUUGACGGAUAGUUUCUACUUGUGCUUUUUUUUUUCCUGAUCCAAGAUUGUUUGCGUUUUAACGCACAAAAAAAAUCUAAAAAACAUUGGGGAGAAUUUAGAUUUAGCUGCAAUAAUUUUGCUAAAAAAAAAAAAAAAGAAGGAAAAAAUGUUUGAUGCUGAGAGAAGAUUAGGAGAAUUCCCUGGGGGUAAUGUGUUGUUGGUUUAUAUAAAAGGUUUCAGCCCACUCGUGAUUUUCAGUACAUACUUGAAAUUCUGUGAGAUGUACAGCAAAAAGCUCCCAUCAGAUUUUUCUUUAGGCCGAGAUAAGGAUUGUUACAUAUUCUUUUACGUAUGCCUUGCUGUUCUCAGUGUUCAAUUUUGUUGCCUUUGUAGAACAACCUAUGACUGCACGGUGGAUAUUUUCUGACACUCAUCACAAAAACUGCAAACUUUCCCAGUCUGAUGCCCCUCUAAUGUGAUUGCUUUGCCUUUCUUGUAUUGUUGUACUUUUUCUUUUUCUUUUUUUUUACAAAAGCUGCAAAUGGCUGAGUUUCUGUUCGGUUGAGUUUUCUUACUUAAUUUUUUUUGUAUGUAUGUGGAGUUCUUUUAUUUUCCUGCUGAGAUUCCUUCUCAUCGCAUUUUUUUAAAUAACAGCAUGAAAUGCUUACGCUGUUUGUUCAUUACUGGCAAAGCGCUCAGACGAAUUUUGGCAGUGGUGAAUGUGCCGGAUGUCAUCUUCAGGUGAAUAAUCAUUAAAAGGAAGAAUGUGUUGACUGCUGAUUUAUCAGUUGGAUUCAGUGGAAACAGCAGCAGGCUCUUUCUGAAUGGAAACAGGGUGAACUUAACGUGCAAGCUCCUGUACGCUCAGUAUGGCUGUUCUUCAUGCACCUUCUGUAACUGCAUGUGGGAUUUUUUUUGUUUUGUUUUUUUGCAUGGGGACUGCAUUGUAAACAAAUUAGCAUAUACAUUUGUGAAGACCAGUUUUGUUCUCUUUUCUUACGACAUGUAGAUAAUGUUUACUUAAACUUUACUCUUGUACUGUGCCACAAAAUGUAGUCCACAGGAAAUGAUGAUGAUGAUGUGAUGCUAACAUGAACAAGCAGAUAUUUAGACUAGUAUCCAGCACAGAAAUAUACAGUAAGGGAAUACUUGAAUACUAAUCAGCACAGUUUAUAACAAUCUGGGCAGUGCAAAAUAAACAUGAAUCUUACAACCAUCCUGCAUUAUAUGUGUUGCAUUGUUUUUGUUGUUUUAUUUUUAUGUUAUUAUUCCAACUGGAGUUGACAUAAUAGGAGGGCGGUGCAUUUUAAACAGAAGCUGUUGCUUCUAGCAGUUGUGUCUUGGUGUUUCUGUUUCUAACGCCUUUUGAGGAAGCGUGUCGGGGUGGUUGGAGUUUUUUUGUGACAUUCUAUGAAUGUACUGGUGAUAGAAAUUUGUCUAAUCACAUUUUCAGUUCUUCUUGAAAAUAAAAACCAAAUUAACUUGUGA